CGGUUUGGGGCGCACUAGAGUUGCAGCCGUUGGAUUAUUUUGUGCUCACGUUAAAAGGCCACAGACUGCUGUGUUUCUAGUUUGCUUUUGAAGCUUCUUCUACUCCCAGUUGGCUUCCCGAGAACAAACAUCGCCUUUGGCUCUGCUCCAAUCAAUGGAUUCAGGAGCACAGGAAGUGAUUGCAUAUGAAGGAGAGGCCAUUUUAGAACCAUACGAGGGUAUGGAAUUUGAAUCUGAAGAUGCUGCAAAGAUAUUUUAUGAUGACUAUGCCAGACGCCUUGGAUUUGUCAUGCGUGUCAUGUCAUGUCGUCGAUCCGAAAGAGAUGGUAGGAUUCUCGCUCGUCGACUUGGCUGUAAUAAGGAAGGUCACUGUGUUAGUAUUCGAGGUAAAUUUGGACCCGUCAGAAAACCGCGAGCCAGUACAAGGGAGGGUUGUAAGGCAAUGAUUCAUGUCAAGUAUGAUAAAUCUGGUAAAUGGGUGAUUACAAAAUUUGUUAAGGAACAUAACCAUUCACUUGUGGUGUCUCCACGUGAAGCACGUCAAACAAUGGAUGAGAAGGAUAAGAAAAUUCAAGAAUUAUCUGCAGAGCUUCGGAAUAAGAAACGCUUGUGUACAACAUAUCAAGAACAGCUAACAGCAUUUAUGAAAAUCGUUGAAGAGUAUAAUGACCAGCUCUCCUUGAAAGUGAAAAACGUAGUUAACAAUCUUAAAGAAUUCGAAUCCAUAGAUGUGGAGCUUACGCAGCGAGGAUAGCCUCCUCUAACAGACAACAAGAAAAAAGAGAGACAAAAAUCCACGAUGGGUUGUAUUUCAUAGGUAUGCAACCACUGAUGGAGCUACUGUAUAUGGUCCUCCAUGUUCAUGAGCUAUGAUGGUGUUUAAAUUCCGUUGGUGUGGCUUGGAGCAACCAGAAAGCAUUGGCAGGGCCCUUGGGCACAUUUUCAACAGUAAAAGUCAAUGGUAAAAGAUGAUAAUAUCCUAGUCAUUAGGGAUGCCUAGUUGUUGUCAAAUAGGGCAUGAGUAAUCACUUAUCCAAAAGAUUCUAGAUAGAGCAGAUUGUAUCCAUUUUCCCAAAGCAGAAAUUUGCUUUCACGCACAUGUCAGUUAAUAGCAGUUGGAAUAGUUUUGAUUCUCAUGUGGUAUUACAAUUGUUCUUUUUUUUGUUCCCUUCAGGAUUGAACUAUCUAUGUAUAUAGAGCACAUAAAAGACUUGGGAGAUUAUGUGCCUUAAGGCGUCAUUAGCAUGCUAAUAUACCAGACUUUUUCUCAGCUA